CCAAGAUACUAAAAACUAUAUUACUGUUCGUAGAAGAGCAAUUAUUUCCACCAACUUCAUUCACCCUGAUGAGGUUACCCUUCCCUCUCAUCAGGCGCCCACGAUGCCUCCCCCUCACCCGGCCCCAUAACCGCCGCCGAACCCUCCUCACCCUCGCCAUCGAGACCUCCUGCGACGACACCUCCGUCGCCAUCCUCGAGAAGCAAAAGGCCAAGAGCACUCUACACUUUCAUGACAAAGUCACCUCAGAUAACCGCGCAUUCCAAGGCGUCCACCCCCUCAUCGCGCUAGAAUCGCACCAGAAAUCGCUUGCGCUGCUGGUUAACAGGGCGUUACGAAGCUUGCCGGAGAGGGAGGCUGGAUCGGCUACUUGGGGGAAUGCGGUGCAGAUCCGUGGUGCGAAGGGGGAGGCGGAUACGCUGAGGGAGAAGCCGGAUUUCAUCACCGUUACGAGGGGGCCGGGGAUGCAGUCGAAUCUCAUGACGGGGUUAGAUAUGGCGAAGGGGUUGGCGGUGGCGUGGCAGGUUCCGGUGCUGGGCGUCAACCACAUGCAAGCCCACGCCCUGACACCACGGCUUGUAUCAUCACUCAACGCAUCCUCGGAAUCAGCCGAAUCACAUCCCCGGUUCCCCUUUCUCUCUCUCCUGGUGUCGGGGGGGAAUACGAUGCUCGUUCACUCUAGUGAUAUAGUCUCGCACUCCAUUCUUGCUGAGAAGACGGAUAUACCCGUCGGCAACGUGCUGGACAAGUGCGCGCGCGAUAUUCUGCCCAAGGCAUUGCUGGAGAAUGGGAAGAGCGUCAUGUACGGUCCGAUGUUAGAGGCAUUCGCGUUCCCGAAUGGGGCGAAGGACUACGAUUAUACCCCACCUGAAACACAGCGCGGUCUUAACACCAUGAAGACGACCCAGUUUGGCUGGGCUAUCAGACCGCCGCUGUCUGAAGACAAGUCAUCGUCUAUGGAGUUCUCAUAUUCGGGACUUGGCGCUAUAAUACGCCGUAUUGUAGAGAGUAAUCCAGAGAUGUCAGAUCCCGAGCGCCGACUCCUGGCGCAAGAGACGAUGCGAGUCGCGUUUGAGCACUUGGCAUCGCGGGUCCUCCUCGCUUUGGGGACGCCGGAGAUGAAAGACAUAUCCACGCUCGUCGUGUCGGGGGGUGUGGCGUCGAACCAGUUUUUGAAGUAUAUGCUGCGGUCUCUUUUGGAUAAGCGGGGAUUCAAAGGCGUGGAGGUGGUGUUCCCGCCGAUGAGUUUGUGUACGGAUAAUGCGGCUAUGAUUGCGUGGACGGGGAUGGAGAUGUGGGAGGCGGGGUGGAGGAGUGGGUUGGAGGUGAGGAGUUUGAAGAAGUGGGCUAUUGACCCGGAGGCUGGUGAUGGGGGGAUUAUGGGAGCGGAGGGAUGGAUAAGAGCGGAUGAUACCCAAUUGUAG